AUGAAGUUUUCGAUUUUCUCCAUUGGUGAUUUGCUGUCUUUCCGAGGGGCAUUCCGUUUGGACAACAGUCAGCCAUAUGGAAUAUCCAGCUUGGAUUAUGCCAUUGGCACAAUGGCGUUCCAUCCUACUCGCAAUUCGCUGUUUAUUGCAGGACACGAUCACCACAGAGCGAUUGCCGAGUAUUCCGUGAUGGAAGAUCUGGACUUCUACGAUCAAGACAGCAACAACAACCCGCACCCAUCCGUGCAAGACCUCCCGGUCACGCCACCUCCACUUCAGGCGUUUGUCUACGCCUUUGAAGGUUUGGAUAAUCGUCAUGAUAUCAAUCGAAUCACUGGCAUGAUGGUGGUCGAUGAUGUUUUGUUUGUAAAUGCGGAGAAUUGGUAUGAUGCCUCGUUGGACGAAUGGACGGUAACUCGAGAUACCAGUCUUUACUUUCCCAUGGCUUCCAACCUGAGCGCCGCAGCUCCAGUUGGUUUCUUUCAACUAGAAGGAGGUUCCCAAGCGGCAGGGUAUAUGGGACGAAUUCCGUCGCCUCUUCAACCCUUGUUCAACGAUUCAAAAUUCUUUACCGGUUGGUCCAGUGUCUAUUCCAUCCUGUCCAGAUAUUCACAGGGCCCUUCAUUGUGGACGUUUGAACCGCAGGAAAUGAUAGAAAGGGAAAACGGAAGCAGCAGCAUCAUGGAUCGCAAAGAGAAUUCAACAAUCAUCGCAGCAACGCCGUAUAUGAAUUAUCCCUACUCCCACAAUGAUCCAUCCAAGUGGCUGUCAGAGCGUGCCACGGAAUGGGUCGAACCAGAGGAUCAUCAACCCACCGGGAAUUUGUCGGCGCCACCUGCGGAUCCCUUGUGGAACCCUCUCAGUGAAGCGCGCUACGCUUUUUUUGUGCAAGAUGAAAUCUUUUGUGUGAUUGGCAUCACAGCUGGGUUGGAAUCGGGCAUUGGCUACAAGGUCAUUCAGGAGAACGGGCACGAAUGUGGUGGUCCUUGUCCUUUUGUAUCAGACGACUGGUACAAUUACUACUGGUUGUACCACGUCCAGGAGAUUGUGAAUGCUUCCUUUGUGUGGGACCCACGACCCUUUGCGUACGGUGUUUGGGAGCUGCCGUAUUAUGUGACGGUUCCUUCCGAACAUCGCAUCAUUGGUGGGACCGUAGACGAGGAACGAGGCAUCUUGUUUGUGGCCCUGGCGAAUGCGGGCAAAUUGGAUGAAUAUGAUCAGCCACCGCUUAUCUUGAUGUUCGAUAUUUUGGAAGCAAACCAAACCAAGGCCAGAUGA